AGCGGCGCGGGGCGGGCCCGGCGACAGUGCGCGGCCCCGGCGGGAGCGAGCGCGGCCCGUGUCGGCGCCGCCAUGGCCACCGUGGACCUGGAGAAGCUGCGAAUGUCCGGGGCCGGCAAGGCCAUCGGCGUGCUGACCAGCGGCGGCGACGCGCAAGGUAUGAACGCGGCUGUCAGAGCUGUGACGCGCAUGGGCAUCUACGUGGGAGCCAAAGUCUUCCUUAUCUACGAGGGCUACGAGGGCCUCGUGGAAGGAGGCGAGAACAUUAAGCAGGCCAACUGGCUCAGCGUGUCCAACAUCAUCCAGCUGGGCGGCACGGUCAUCGGCAGUGCCCGCUGCCAGGCCUUCACCACGCGGGAGGGGCGCCUGGCGGCGGCCUACAACCUGGUCCAGCGUGGCAUCACCAACCUGUGUGUCAUCGGCGGGGACGGCAGCCUGACGGGCGCCAACAUCUUCCGCCGCGAGUGGGGCAGCCUGCUGGAGGAGCUGGUGGCAGCAGGCAAGAUCUCGGAGAGCACGGCGCAGACCUACUCGCACCUGAACAUCGUGGGGCUGGUGGGCUCCAUCGACAACGACUUCUGCGGCACCGACAUGACCAUCGGCACGGACUCGGCCCUGCACCGCAUCAUGGAGGUCAUCGACGCCAUUACCACCACCGCCCAGAGCCACCAGAGGACCUUUGUGCUGGAGGUGAUGGGGCGGCACUGUGGGUACCUGGCUCUGGUGUCCGCCCUGGCCUCGGGGGCUGACUGGCUGUUCAUCCCCGAGGCGCCCCCCGAGGACGGCUGGGAGAACUUCAUGUGUGAGAGACUUGGGGAGACUCGGAGCAGAGGGUCCCGACUGAACAUCAUCAUCAUCGCAGAGGGCGCCAUUGACCGUAACGGGAAGCCCAUCUCGUCCCGUUAUGUGAAGGACCUGGUGGUCCAGAGGCUGGGCUUCGACACCCGUGUGACUGUGCUGGGCCACGUGCAGAGGGGAGGGACCCCUUCGGCGUUUGACCGCAUCCUGAGCAGCAAGAUGGGCAUGGAGGCGGUGAUGGCGCUUCUGGAGGCCACUCCCGACACGCAGGCCUGCGUGGUCAGCCUGUCGGGGAACCAGUCCGUGCGGCUGCCCCUCAUGGAGUGUGUGCAGGUGACAAAGGAGGUACAGAAGGCCAUGGAUGAGAAGAGGUUCGACGAGGCCAUCCAGCUCCGUGGCAGGAGCUUUGAGAACAACUGGAACAUUUACAAGCUGCUCGCACACCAGAAGGUCUCCACAGAGAAGACCAACUUCUCCCUGGCCAUCCUGAACGUGGGCGCCCCGGCGGCCGGCAUGAAUGCGGCUGUGCGCUCGGCGGUGCGGUCUGGCAUCUCCCAGGGCCACACGGUGUAUGUCGUGCACGAUGGCUUUGAAGGCCUGGCCAAGGGUCAGGUACAGGAAGUGAGUUGGCACGAUGUGGCCGGCUGGCUGGGCCGUGGCGGCUCCAUGCUGGGGACCAAGAGGACGCUGCCCAAGAGCUACAUGCAGAAGGUAGUGGAAAACAUCCGUACCUACAACAUCCAGGCCCUGCUGGUCAUCGGCGGCUUUGAGGCCUACGAGGGGGUGCUGCAGCUAGUGGAGGCACGUGGGCGCUACGAGGAGCUCUGCAUUGUCAUGUGCGUCAUCCCGGCCACCAUCAGCAACAACGUACCGGGCACCGACUUCAGCCUGGGAUCGGACACCGCCGUCAACGCCGCCAUGGAGAGCUGUGACCGCAUCAAGCAGUCGGCCUCGGGGACCAAGCGCCGCGUGUUCAUCGUGGAGACCAUGGGGGGCUACUGCGGCUACCUGGCCACUGUGACGGGCAUCGCCGUGGGGGCCGACGCCGCCUACGUCUUCGAGGACCCUUUCAACAUCCAAGACUUAAAAGCCAACGUGGAGCACAUGACCGAGAAGAUGAAGACACACAUCCAGAGGGGCCUGGUGCUUCGAAACGAGAAGUGCCAUGAACACUACACCACGGAGUUUCUGUAUAACCUGUACUCCUCCGAGGGGAAGGGCGUCUUUGACUGCAGGACCAACGUCCUGGGCCACCUGCAGCAGGGCGGAGCUCCGACCCCCUUUGACCGGAACUACGGUACGAAGCUUGGGGUGAAGGCCAUGCUCUGGAUGUCGGAGAAGCUGCGGGCCGUCUACCGUAAUGGGCGGGUGUUCGCCAACGCCCCCGACUCAGCCUGCGUGAUCGGCCUGCAGAAGAAGGCGGUGGCCUUCAGCCCUGUCACCGAGCUCAAGAAGGACACCGACUUUGAGCACCGCAUGCCGCGGGAGCAGUGGUGGCUGAACCUGCGGCUCAUGUUGAAGAUGCUGGCGCAUUACCGCAUCAGCAUGGCCGACUACGUGUCCGGGGAGCUGGAGCACGUCACCCGCCGCACCCUCAGCAUCGACAAGGGCUUCUGAAGCUGCACCCCAGCUGCCUCUCCCCGCCACCUCUCCCCCUCCCUGGAGUCUGCGGGCAGGCGGUGGGCGGGCAGGGGUUGCAGCCCUCUGGGUCUGGCCCCACGGCUUCCCCCUCUCUUCCGCUGCCCGCUGGGGGGAGUGCUGCCCCGGGGGGGGGGCGAGGGAGGGGGCCUCCGUGCGGGGACACCACUGUCCUGCUGUGGGCCCUGCUGUGACCCUGCUUCUGUGUGCACUGGCCACCCUGGAGGAGAGCUUGUCACCUUUUCUGGAAAUAAAGUCACCUGACUGUGGAGGGUGA